AAAAAAUUGAAACUGAGCGGGACAGAAGAACGCGUCACGUGCGCCACGCGACAGGUGCUUCAUGGCGAGUGGACACCACUCCUGGAAAUCCGAUACAAAGCUAGCAACCAACAAUGGCAUACUAUCAGCAAGACCCUAACUUGCAGUUCUACCAGUCAAGCUAUGGUAAUACAUACCAGCAGCCAGCGAUGGACUCAGCAAAUAUGGGAACAAUGAAUUCAGGCUUUGCUUCCAAUUUCGACGUGAGUGGUGACAUGGGAGGCAUGGACUUGACCCCAGGUCUUUUAUCUGCUUUCGGCACAUCUGGUUACUCGGGAGAACCACCUCUCUUAGAGGAGCUUGGUAUAAAUUUUCAGCACAUGAAGGUGAAAACAUUGGCGGUGUUGAACCCUGUCAAUAGAGACAUCAGUCCCGAUAUCAUGGCAGACUCCGACUUGGCAGGCCCGAUUCUAUUUGUGCUCCUUUUCGGGACGUUGCUACUAUUAUCAGGUAAGGUUCAGUUUGGCUAUGUGUACGGUGUGGGUUUGUUUGGGAUUGUCAGCUUGCAUUACCUAUUCAAGCUCAUGAGCAAUGACGUGCAGAUCGAUGUGACACGGUCGGCGUCAAUUCUUGGCUACUGCUUAUUACCAUUGGUAUUCAUAUGUGCAUUGGGCUUGGUUGUCUCUUUGGACUCCAUGUUUGGAUAUAUUGCAAGUGGCUUGGCUGUGUUCUGGUGCACUUAUUCUGCAUCUGGCUUGUUCGUCACGGUUUUAAAGCUCCACAAUGUGCGUCCGUUAAUUGCGUACCCGCUAUGCCUUUUCUAUCUUGUCUUUGCGUUAAUGGCAAUCUUUGUCGAGAACAAGCCCAUUUCCUCCUAGUCAGGGGCGAGAUGUGCUUCAUGAAGCAUAGGGAUGCACUCCUCAUAUACAUCGUAUUUUGACUGCUAAAUAAAAAGUUGAGGCUGCUAACAAACAGUAUGAUCCUGAAAUUAUAGACGGACAUUCUAAAGGAACAAUCUUCAACUGAUUUGCGGGGUAGUAUGAUUUUGGAGUUUGCGCAUUUCGUUGCAACCGAAAUUGUUGUAUCGAAUGAGUUUCGUAGGAUAUGUAUAUAUGGCAGUCUAUUGUUCGUUCAAUCAACCAAGACUUGAUUUGUUUGAAUAAAGACGAAUUUGUGCAAUUAAUUAUUUUUUGAGAUUGACAGUUUUU